CGUCAGCCAAUCAAACGGUACAGUUUAUCUCCGUCCCGCCUACUUGCGCUACUAUUACUACUUCACAGUAGGACUGGCCUGAUGUUCGGAUGUUUUGCACCAGUUUAUCACAGGAACACCGGUUGGAGAGUUGGGCAGUACUUAGAUGCCAAAUAGAUCAGCAUAUUCACAGGUUUUCAGUGCGGUUAGUGAACUUUUCUCUUCAAAAAUUGUGUCUUGCUUUUACUACUGUUGAUUGUUUGUGGGUUUACUUUGGACUUGACGAGGAUAUGAAUCCGGUUGUUUAUAAAAGAAGUAAAGGUGAUUUCAUGUUGGAGUCGAUACUUGAGGUAAACCAGGAGCCUGACUCAUCAACCUCACCACUAUCAACUUCGUUCAACGCAAAUAUGUCUUCAGACCAUCAAGUUUUCCACUUGGUCAACCAUAUGACUCGAGAAGUAGUGAAAUCCUGGGUUUCCGGCAAUGAACCCUUCACAUACACAAAUAACAAUUACAUGCCCAUUUCUCCCACAUUGGCGAAUUACAAUCAGGCGAUUGCUUACUAUGGGCCGCUGCUACCAAAUCCGCUACUACACCCGCUGUCACAAAGUUCUUGGGAAAAGAACACCUUGUAUAGACAGGGCAUUUUGCCUAAUGCUAGAACGCACACUUCUUCGGCAGCAGCUAAUUUGCGACCUGGUGGUAAUAGAAAUGGCGGAACGUCGAGACCGAAGAAGCAAUUUAUUUGCAAAUUUUGUUAUCGACAUUUUACCAAAAGCUACAACUUGCUGAUUCAUGAAAGGACGCACACAGAUGAAAGGCCGUACAUGUGUGAUAUCUGCAAGAAGGCCUUUAGAAGACAGGACCAUUUGAGAGAUCACAGAUACAUACAUUCGAAAGAGAAGCCCUUCAAAUGCCAGCAAUGCGGGAAAGGCUUCUGUCAAUCCAGAACGCUCGCUAUGCAUAAAGUCGUCCACAUGGAGGAAUCUCCUCAUAAGUGUCCUUUUUGCAAUCGAGUGUUCAAUCAACGAACCAAUCUGGAAAAGCAUAUGCAGGUCCAUACCGAUCGGCCAAUUGAGUGCAAUCGAUGUGAUAAAUUUUUUGCGAAUUAUCACGAUUUGAAACACCACCAAUCUUCCAUCCAUGAAGAUGUUGAUGUGGUUUCAAUACAAAAAAAAUUCAGUUUUACAAUCGACGACAUCCUCAAGAUGUAAGAUUGUAAGAUUAGCACUUACUUGGCCGAUGGAAAUUGGAUUGGAGUGGAUAAUGGACAGGGUGCGAAACAUGUCUUGUUUCAAGUAGGAAACUUUCAAUUUUGUGGAGGCGAUUGACAGUGAAAAAAACAUUCUUUCAUUGUCUACUUCCUCAGGGACAAUUAAGCAAUGGAUCUCUCACGUUCACGGUUUAUCAUAAUUUAAUACUGUAAAUAAAAAAACUCGCAUGUAAAUUGACGUUUUUUACUGUUGACGCAAAUUUUCUUCUGAACAAGGCGCUUUGAUGAGGACCUGUUAAUAUCAACGGUGUUUAACCAAGUAAAGAUUUAAUAUAUGCAUUUGAACAUUGCGCAAUUUUUUGGUCAAUGACAUCAAUCAUCAUUAAAAAAAUGGUUUUUGUUUGCAAGCAUCAGCAAAGUUACUUGUAUGGUAAAAAUGUACAUUAAAGUUCAUUUCAUUAUAUUAUUUUUGUGAUAUUUGUAAAAUAAAUGAUAAGAUUUAGAGCUGAAUGCAAUCAGUUCAAGCUUUGAAAAGUAUUACAUGAAAAUAGCUGAAAAUCCAAAUGAUCUUGUUCAAAUAUGCCAGAUAUUUAUUUCAGCUGUGCUUUGUUAAUUUGAAAAAUUGGAUUUUUAGCAAUUUGGCAAAUUUGAUUUGGUUAUUGAUAUUUUAUUAUUUGUGUAGCACAUUUUAAAGUAAGUUUAAAACUCCAAAGAGUUCUAAUUUAUUUAUUUAGUUUUCCGGUUUUCGAGUUUUGAUCAGUAUUUUGUGUUUUAUACCAUUUCGAAAGACUGAGUUGCGUUAUUAUUAUUUUUAUUUUGUUUCAAAACUUUAAUCACUUAAUCAAAUAUUGUACGAAUCGAGUUCUGCAUAAAAACGUUUUCAUUAUUAUUGUACAUUUUUAAUAAUUUAUUACAUCUUGUAUAGUGUAUUGAUAUUGUAAAUUAUGUUGACAUACUUUGUUAGCCAAAACAGCUUGGAGAUAGGUUUCAUUCAACUUGGUAAUGAUAAUUUGCAAACGGUUUGUAACAUCUUCAAAAUGUCGCAUUUUGUGUCCAAAUAAGGGUCGUUAGAAAAAGAUGAUUUCCUCGCGUUCUCGAUUGUAAACUGUCGUUUUUUUGUUUCGUUUUUGAAUACGAAUGUUUUUGGCAAAUUCUCCCAGAUUUUAUGACUUUGAUUCAAAUCUCAUAAAAAAAAUGUAUAAAAUUAUAAUUUAAAAGAUCUUUUUUAUACUUCAGAUUUCAGUAAAAUUAAAAUGAUGAAUUCGGGCACGUUUGCGUUUGAUUAUCAUCAUUAUGAAAUUUGAUUAAAGUUAGAAGUGUAAUUUGUGAGUUAAAGCCAAAAUUAUUCUACUUGUAGUAAAGUACUCGUGUGAUUCUUUGACGUGUAUUAAUAUGUUCGUUUGUUGUAUAGAAAAUUUAAAAUUUCAGUUUUGUAUAUAUGUUAAUAAUUCGCUUAGUAAGUAGUUCUAGUAUUUUCGAUGUACAUAGAAAAUAAACUUAAUAACUUGAAA